AUGGUGCGAGAUAUCGCAAGAACAAAACCAUCUCCGAUGAUCGAUCAGCAGAAAGAGUUGCGGAAGGAAAUAGAACACGAACAAAAGGUUCAGGAAAAUAAGGAGGAGAAGCAAGAAAAGGAAAGUACGGAUAAGAAAGAUGUUCGAGCAAAAAGCAAGCUCGAGGGGAAAAAGUCCAAGGAAAAAUCGAAGGAAGAUCAAAAAGAUGGGCGAGCAAAAACUAAAAUCGAGGGAAAGACCCCUAAGAAUGAUGCGAAGCCGAAAAAGCCAACUGGUGACGAGGAAACCUGCCAAGCAAGAAGGCGGCCAUGGGCUAUUGGAUUUGAUCUGGAGACUACUGGUACGGGUUAUCCAAAACGUCCAGCUAUGGAACAGCACAAGAUGCGCACGGUAGGACGAUUGUUUGAGGAAAUGGGAGUGGUGAAAAAUAGAGAGAGAUGGUUGAGUCUCAGCACAGACUCAGAGAAGUCACAAGGAUGUUUGCCGAUUUUCAGCGUAAAA